UUUGUCAAAGGACAAUUCCACGAGUACCAGGAGAGCACAAUUGGAGCGGCCUUCCUCACACAGACUGUCUGCUUAGAUGAUACAACAGUCAAGUUUGAGAUCUGGGACACAGCCGGACAGGAGCGAUAUCACAGCCUAGCCCCCAUGUACUAUCGGGGGGCCCAGGCAGCCAUUGUGGUCUAUGACAUCACCAAUACAGAUACAUUUGCACGGGCCAAGAAUUGGGUGAAGGAGUUACAGAGGCAGGCCAGCCCCAACA